UUUUAUCCUUCUUCUUGACUAUCAUGCCCAGGAAUUUGAUAUUGCAUCAUAUUGUCUUUUAAAAUAAAAACGCCAUGGACUUGUGCAUCCCUAAUAUUUAAACGUAAUCUGGACUUUCACUCUGAAAACUUAUUUUUUCCGGGACAUUGCAACACUUUUACUGAAGAAAACUGUCAGCUAAUUACUUUUGAAAUCCUUUAGUGUAAAAUGUGCUCGCAAACACCUGGAAACAUGGCUGGCAGCUGGGUUGUAUAUUCAGCUUUUUUACUACCAUUGUUCGCAGUGGGCACAGCUUUCUCGGGGGUCUUCAACACCACAGACAGAGACGUUUUCACAGAUGACUUGCUGCAGGUCAAGCUCACGCAAGACAGAGCGAGUGAGCACUGGAAGCUCCAGUCUGCUGACUCCCAUCCCAACCUAUAUUUUAACCAAGUGGAUGUGUUACACUUGAGGCAAAGGUCCUCUACCACCCACAGUCACAUAUUUAAAGUCAUCAGAGCUGCUGUGCUCACUAUGUUGUCUAAUGUUCCCUUUUACUUGCCCCCUGUGAAGCAUGAGGAGUUUACAAGCAAGUGGAAUGAGAUUUAUGGGAACAACCUGCCUCCCCUGGCUCUCUACUGCCUGUUGUGCCCAGAGGAUUCUGCUGCUCUGCAGUUUCUUAUCAAGUUUAUGGAUAGGAUGGCCGAAUAUUCAGACUGGAAGGUAACCAGUGCACCGAACGAUGAGGUGCCCAUGGCGCACUCUCUCACUGGGUUUGCUACUGCUUAUGACUUUAUUUACUCUUACCUGGAUCAGCGUAGAAAGGAUUUAUACCUCAAGAAAAUUCGCGCUGAGACGGUGGAGCUGUAUGAGCUCUCUAAGUACAGAGGAUGGGGCAAACAGUAUCUCCAAAAUCAUCAAACCACCAACAUAUUAGCCAUCCUGACAGGUGCAAUAGUGGUGGGGUCACAUGACGACCCAGAGUCAAUGAUCUGGAAACAAGUGGCAGUUAACUAUAUGGAGAAAACAAUGUUUCUUUUGAAUCACGUUGUUGACGGCUCCCUGGAUGAGGGAGUAGCCUACGGAAGCUACACAGCCAAGUCUAUUACCCAGUAUGUCUUCUUAGCUCAGCGUCAUUUCAACAUAGACAACAUGCAGAACAACUGGCUGCGGAGCCACUUUUGGUUUUAUUAUGCCACGCUGUUGCCGGGCUUUCAGAGAACAGUCGGUAUUGCGGACUCAAACUACAACUGGUUUUAUGGUCCAGAGAGCCAGCUCGUUUUCCUCGACACGUUCGUCAUGAAGAAUGGAACGGGCAACUGGCUGGCUCAACAGAUUAGAAAGCAUCGGCCGAAGGACGGCCCCAUGGGGCAGUCAUCUGCCCAGCGCUGGGCUACACUUCACACAGAAUACAUCUGGUACAACUCCCACCUCCCGCCGCAGCCUCCCCAUGAUUUUGGCAAAGCUAAAAUGCAUAUUUUCUCAAACUGGGGUGUGGUUACAUACGGAGCUGGGCUUCCCAAUGGCCAGAGUAAUACUUUUGUCUCCUUUAAGUCUGGCAGCCUGGGUGGCCGUGCAGUCUAUGACAUUGUCCAUGACAAGCCUUACUCCUGGGUGGAUGGCUGGAACAGCUUUAACCCUGGUCAUGAGCACCCAGACCAGAACUCUUUUACUUUUGCUCCUAAUGGGCAAGUAUUUGUGUCUGAAGCACUUUAUGGUCCAAAGUACAGCUACCUUAACAAUGUUUUAGUGUUCGGUCCAUCUCCUACCAGCCAGUGUAACAAUCCAUGGGAGGGUCAGUUGGGGGAGUGCGCUAAGUGGCUGCGCUGGACCGAUGAAGGGGUGGGUGACGCUAGAGGUGAGGUGAUUGCCGCUUCGUCACACAAGGAUACGAUGUUUGUGAGUGGGGAAGCCGCGCUGGCUUAUUCACCUGCCAUGAGACUAAAGAGUGUCUUCAGAGCUUUGGUUCUGCUCAACUCGCAGACUUUGCUAGUCCUUGACCAUGUAGAAAAAUGGGGUGAUUCACCUAUAAAGUCACUCAGUGCUUUUUUCCACAAUCUCGACAUUGACUUUAAAUAUGUUCCUUUCAGAUUCAUGGACAGAUAUAACGGCGCGAUGAUGGAUGUGUGGGAUGCUCAUUAUAAAAUGUUCUGGUUUGACACUCAGGGCCACAGCCCUGAAACACGGCUACAGGAAGCAGAGCAGGCGGCUGAGUUUAAAAAGAGGUGGACGCAGUAUAUAAACGUUACUUUCCAAAUGACAGGCCCGGUCAGCAGAGUGGCUUACGUGCUGCACGGACCGUAUGUCAAAGUGUCCAACUGUAGAUUUAUAGAUAACAGCAAAAAUGGAGUGAGGCUUUCUUUAAUCAUUAAUAACACAGAGAAGAUUGUGUCCAUUGCUACAAACUAUAAAGACAUCGGGGCAAGGUUGAGUUAUUUGGGAUUUGGAGGUCACAGUAAAGUUGAGGAUAGAUAUCAAAUCACCCGAUACGGCCUUGGGACACAAAUCCUCCCUAAACAAAUCAGCAGUGAUAAUCAGCUGUUUGACUUUGGUUUCACAGUCAAUGUAAUAGCGGGGGUCGUUCUCUGUGUGGCGAUAGGAUUUUUGACCAUGCAGAGAAAGUUUUAUGUUUGCUUCAGCAGGCUGAUGCGUUACGCACUCCUCACCGUGCUCCUUCUGUGGAUAGCCGAGCUGCUGUUUGUCUCUAACAGCUGCGAUCAGCUUCUCUGUGGGGUAAAAUGGAAAGGUGCGGGUGCCAAAAGCGAAGUAAACAAACAAAUAAGAUUGUACGAGCAGCACCGGCUCCCCCUUCCCACUGUUGUCAUAACGACCCUUCCCGGAUCGGGAUCGGAAAUACUCAAGCACCUUUUUUACAAUAGCUCAGACUUUGUUUAUAUAAGGGUCCCCACCGAGCAUGUGGACAUUCCUGAGACCGAGUUUGAGUUUGACACCCUGGUCGAUGCCUGUGAAUGGUCAAGGUCAGACGCCGUGAACGCACGGUUUAAGAUUAUCCAGGGCUGGCUGCAUUCGCUAGUGCAUAACACAAAGCUGCACUUGCAAAAUAUUCAGCUCGUAGAGGGCAGCAGGGUCAAGCAGACCCAGAGAGCCAGCGUCCCCAGGGACAGAAAGAAAAGAUCCAGGAAGAGAGAACCAGCAUCUGACCUGAAGGGCAAACUGAGGGCUAGUCUGGACAGAGAUGCAGAGUAUGUAAGGGAAAUGAGAAGGCAUGUUGCAGAGUACCCUAACGCCCGGGUGGUAAUCAACAUGCAGAGUGGAAGCUGGACACUCAAACUACCUUUCAUUCAGGAGGUAGUGGGACUUUCCUUGAGGACAAUAUACUUGGUGAGAGACCCGAGAGCAUGGAUUUAUCUCAUGGUUUAUAACAGCAAACCCAGCCUAUACUCCCUUAAAAACAUCCCACAGCACCUUUCCUUGAUAUUCAAGGAGGAUGCUGUCAGGGAUGGGUGCUCAGCUGUUGCGCCAGAGUUUAAAAUGAUCCAGAGGCUACUGUCCCGUUAUGAGACUAAUCCUGUUUUGAUUCUGGCUCAUUUGUGGCUGGCACACACCGCAGCCGCUCUGAGGGUCAGCGAGAGCCUUCCCGAGGAGUCCUUUCUCCGAGUGAGGUUUGAGGAUGUGGUCAACUUCCCCCAGGAGACGGCAGAGACAAUACACACAUUUCUGGGGGUGCCUGUGUCACCCACAGCCCUCAAUCAACUCAUAUUCACCACCUCUACGAAUCUGUACAAUCUAAUGUAUGAAGGAGACAUCUCACCAGCCAACAUUAACAUAUGGAGACAGAAAAUGUCUCGAAAGGACCUUCGACUGAUAGAGGAUGUGUGUGGAAGUGUGAUGAAGAGGCUGGGUUACACUAGGUUUGCCAGUUAACCGCUGCUGGUCAGCUGAUAUUGAGCUGUCUUUGUUUACUGUAGCUGCCAGUCACAGCCAGUUCUGUAAUGUGUUCUUUUUUCUUUUUCUUUUUGCACUGAGCUGAAAUUUCUAAAAAAGCAAGAAAACAAUGUUAAAAGUUGAAGACAAACUGUGCUGUCUCUCCGUCUGUCUUCAAGCUUUCUCCCUCAGUUGUAUUUGUUUGGGUGUGUGUACAGUAUUGUAUCGACUACAGCGACAGAUGUUUGUGAGGGAGGAAUACGUUGCAUUGGAACAGGUGGAAGGGAGCUCAUUUUAUUGUUCUUCUCCCUCUAAGCAGCCCUCUACAGUUACUUGUAGCGCUCCUUUUAUCGACUGAAACUUUAGACCUGUCUUGUCUUACAUACUGAUGAAUAUCACUGAAUUUCAACAUGAAUUUUAUGUUACUACCCAACAACCGUGGUGUGAGAAAAAAUGCUUUGUGCAAAAUUCAAAGCUCUGGUUACUUGAUUUUUUUUCUUUUUUUGGGAAGUGGUAGUACAUUUAUUGGUUUGGAACAGAUAUGUUAUGAAGCUCAUUAAUAGGUUUUGAAGUUGUAGGAGACAGCUAAUUUGGGUUGUCAUUUUCCUGUCUGAACUGUUGAGUGCUGUUUCCCUUUAAAACUGUAUAAAAAAUGCUGCAUUGUAAGGGGCUGAAAAUGGAGAACAAGAAGAUGACGUUUUUUUUUUCUUACUCAAGUGAUAGAUUGUAUUUUUGUUGUACGGGGGAUUUUAGUUAGAAACUCAAAGAUGUCACAGCAGUUUAGCACUUUCACAAAAUCUGAUUGUAUGUGGGAUUCAGUGCAUUUUCCAGGGCUAACUUUACUGUAUCUGCUUAAUUAUUAUGGAAGCAUAAAAUCUCUGAAGAUAUAUAAAAUAUGUGUAGAAGAAAGAAAGUAAAGUAUUUAUGAGUUCUAAAGAUAUAUAUCCCAAAGGAUCAGGAAUGAAUACCAUUAUUGUAACUCCCUUUAGCAUUUAUUGAAUUAGAUCUGAGGGAUGUGCUUAAUAGGGAUCAAACUGGUAAAAAAAAAAGAAACUGUCAGCCUUGACACAUUUCUAGUCAAAGCAAUUUCCAAAGCACCCCCUCAGCUAGUUAUAUUAAUCUGCAAGAUGUCGUUGCAGAGGCUUACUGUGUUUUAUUGCUGUGAUAUAUUCACUAUAAAGGCCUGAAGGAAAAGCAAACAACACGUGUUUCUAUUUCCAGUUGCAGUCACUCAGAUAGCCAAUCAUAUUUUAGGUUUUUGUCUUUAAAGAGUCCAGUGAGUCUUGCACUGAACACAGAUGAAUAUGAAGUAUAGGUUAAAAAAAAAAAAAAAAUCAGAGACCAUUUCUACUCUGUGAUGUUAUGCUCCUUGGCCUGGGUAAAAAAAAAAAAAUGCUACUCAGUAACCUUUGAUGCUGUCUUGCUUAGACAUUUCUGUACUGUAAAUGGAUCACAUGUAACAUGCAGAUGGUGCACUCGUUUCUAAGCUCGCCAUCGCAUCUGUACACAGAAUACUCAGUGUUCAUUUGGAAAUAUCCAUCUUUCCUUGGCUAGAAGCAGUCCUGUUUGUUUUUUUUCUCUAUGAACACUGAAACCCUUGACUGGCUGGAAAACCCGUUUGAUGUUCGUGGUCUUUGAAUGUGUAGACUUGGCAGACAUGCUUUCACUUUGGUGUUGCAAUCCUGUUACCAACUCUGUUUUGUAUUUGCUUGUGGGGAUAUGGUUCCUUGCUUCUGUGGCCUUGAAUUACAAUCAGUUCUUUUUUGACAGUUUUCUUUUUCCGGCAUCUGGAGCAGAAGGAGACAUUAAUGUAACGAAAAAGAAUAAAUUCAUAAAUAUAUUGACAACCAGUCUUUGUUUAGGUGUAGUGUAUUAUUUUCCACAAUGGCAUAGGCCAUGUGAUUAUAAGGCGUUUGUCCUCAUUAGCUGCUUUUAUACUCAUGUUAAACUAGCUAUUAUCCUUCGCUACAAAAGACAGAACAUAAAUUUUAAUUUGUACGUGCUCUCUUUCCGUAUGAUUACGGCUAACCUGCUAGUAAAGUGUCUGUUUACGCAGACGCUUGUGCUGCCACAUUUUUGCACUAGCACGAUCUCCAUUUUAUUAGACACGGAUGACAGAAGCCUAAUUGCUUAUAUGGGUGAUGUGCAUGACGAGGAGGAACCAACAAUUAAAAACAUGUCAGGAAGUUCUAAUGCCAUGCUUUGACUGAAACUCCCUUAACAGGAGCAGGCUUCGAAAGAGCACAUGCUGUGUCUUAUGUCUCAGAAUGGUGAGUCAGUCAUUUCAUUACUCAUUUGUUCUUGAUCCCUCCUGUAACACUCUAAUGCUUGGCAGGGUCCUCUGUGCCUAAUCCUUCCACGCAGAGGCACAUUAUUCACAGAAAAACCUCCGGCAAAUGCUUUGGAAGGUUUCUACAAGUCUGGACCUGCAGUCUCUGCUCGUAAAGUAGUUCCAUUCGUUCUGAAUGCAGGAGUAAUCUUCCCCGUGUAUGCAUACGUGCUUGAUAAUUAUUCAGGCUUCACAGAGAGCUGGGACAUAACUAAUAACGUCAUUUCUUUUCUUAACCAGACAAUUACUGGUGUCAUUUAAAGAGAAGACAAGAGAAUGAUGCAAAACUAAACUCUACCUCUCUGACAAAAACAAUGAUUAAACCCAAAUUUAUAGAAAUGAUUAUAAACCUUUGCAGCAUAAACUAUGUUUUUCCUCCGUUUGCUCAUGUUUCAUCUUACAACCCCUUAGCUGUAAUCACAUGGAGCCUAACCUGUAUGUAGGGAACCGCUUACCUUUCUUUCCUUGGAAUAAUAGUAUUUUUACAGAGCCUGUAUACUGCUCAAUUUUUGUGUUUAUUUUUAUUAACUUGUGCAUUAAUCCAGAAAACAAGUCUUAAUAUUUAUUAAUAUGUACAGUUAGUAACUACUUAAUGUAAUCAAUUGGAACUGAACUGAGAGCAACUGCAGAAUUGAUGACUAUUAGAAAAUCAUCUUUCAAUUAAAAGGGCCAGUACUCAAAUGUGGCCACACUCUUACUUACUUCUAACCAGAAAGUGAUCCAAAUAUAUCAGGUUCACUACUUUGCUGACAGGAUGGAAUAGGAACCUCCUAAUGUCACUGGCAAAAGGCUUUCAAUUCUUGGUUCCCUCAUACUAAUAAUGUCCUUUUGAGUGAGUAUUGUAAAGGCAUGUGGUUCAAGGACCCUCAAGGUUUAGACUGAUAAAGAUGAAAUACCCAGUAAAUAUUCAAACCUCAUUGAAAACCCGAAUGAGUCGAAUCCACCAGGAGUAUGAGGGAGCGAGGAGAGAAGCUUGCUUUUAUUCUUGUGGGACAAAUCUAGAAGUUAUUAUACCAAAGGUGGAUUUAAGAAAGCAACAACAAAAAGACAAAAAGCAUCUAUAACACUUUCCCUCCAAGCUGGUUUAUGGAAAUAAAAUAAAAAAAAAAAUAGUCACAGCCUUCGUGUGAAGAGACAAAAUCCCCAAGAUCAAUAACAACAACUAAUAAACUCAUGCGAUGAAGGAGGAAAAUGGUUUCCAGAUAUUCAUAGCAAGUCAUUCUAAGAUUGGACAAUCUACCUAAAAUAAUGGUUUAAAAGAAUAAAAAUGCCCCUGUUAGGCUUUUAGUGGAAAAUUUUUAUUAUUAUGCAAAUUAUGGACGAAACCCACAAAAACAGUGAUUGGCAGCAGUAGAACAUAGACCACAGUCACAUGAAAUGAGAUUCAAGACAUACAGUAUUAUAUAGUGCAGGAUUUAUGUUUUCAUCUAAUGGAAAUCUGUUAUGACGCCUGAACUUUUUAAGGGCAUAGACAUGUGAAACAAGAGGAAGAUAAACUAAUCAGAGCUGUGGAGUGCCGUUUCAGCAAUGUGUGGGUUGCUGUGAUCUCCUAACUGACAGCAUGUUCCAGACUAAAUUACAAUGUGGACUUGAGUUGCUUAAAGAGAUGAA